CCUCCCCGGAACGGCAGUACCAGAUGCUCCACACCGGGCAGAGGCCGCCCAGCAAACUCCCUUAGGAGUGCCGUCCGGGCCUGAUUGGAAAACUGGAGACGAGGUCCCGUGAUUGAUGAGUUUGCCUUGGGCGCUGGUGACCAGGUGAAACGGGAGGCCGACAUGGGUCAGAAGGUCACUGGAGGUAUCAAGACGGUGGACAUGAGGGACCCCACGUACCGGCCCUUGAAGCAGGAGCUCCAGGGUCUGGACUACUGCAAGCCCACCCGCCUGGACCUGCUGCUGGACAUGCCCCCCGUGUCCUACGACGUCCAGCUGCUCCACUCCUGGAACAACAAUGACCGCUCGCUCAACGUCUUUGUGAAGGAGGACGACAAGCUGAUCUUUCACCGGCAUCCGGUGGCCCAGAGCACGGACGCCAUCAGGGGCAAAGUCGGGUACACGCGCGGGCUGCACGUGUGGCAGAUCACGUGGGCCAUGAGGCAGCGCGGCACCCACGCCGUGGUGGGGGUGGCGACGGCGGACGCCCCCCUGCACUCCGUGGGGUACACGACGCUCGUGGGGAAUAACCACGAGUCCUGGGGCUGGGACUUGGGGCGCAACCGGCUCUACCAUGACGGCAAAAACCAGCCGAGCAAAACGUACCCAGCCUUUCUGGAGCCGGACGAGACGUUCAUUGUCCCUGACUCCUUCCUGGUGGCCCUGGAUAUGGACGACGGGACCCUGAGCUUCAUUGUGGAUGGACAGUACAUGGGAGUAGCUUUUCGGGGACUCAAGGGCAAAAAACUUUAUCCCGUAGUGAGUGCCGUCUGGGGCCACUGUGAGAUCCGCAUGCGCUACUUGAAUGGACUUGACCCGCCAACAGCUUUUCCCCAAGACCAGCCCUUUCACAGUGGCGUCAUCUGUGUGUCCUCAGUGCCAAGCGGUGAUGGAAAUCGGCCUUCCAAGUCCUCUCGGCCAGUUGGAGCUGCAGCCUCGUACCCUACGGAGUACAGCUCCCGUCCACCACCCGAAGCGGGGAGGAAAACAGGUACAGCUGGUGAACAAGACGUCCUUGGCAUCUCACUAGAGCCUCUGUACCAGGUCUCCUGAAAGGACAUGAGCUCAGCUUUUGGACCAACCACCCAGGUCUCCAGGGCCACUGCAGUGGGCAGUGGCUCUGCCAGUGGCCACACCCAGAAUCACCUCUGGCUUAAAAUUCACUGCAAGUCCCAAACCCUCUGAGGUUUAAGGGAAAGAACAGGGGAAAAAAGGAAGGAAAGGAGUCACACCACCCAGGCGGCCCUGUGAGAUAAGGAAGCAUCUCAGGAUGCCUGGAGAGUAGACAUCCACUGUGUCUGGGGUUCGUUUGUUUGUUUGUUUCUAACAAACAUUUUUUUAAUUGAGGUAAAAUUGGUAUAUGACAUUAUGUUAUGGAUGUACAACACAGUAAUUCGAUAUCUGUGUACACUACAAAAUAAUAGACCACAAUAAGUCUAGUUACCGUUAUUACCAUACGAUCACGCCCCUUCGCCCGUCUCAC